CCCCAGACAAGCCGGCAGACAUCACAACUCACCUUCAUCAUACACUCACAAUAUCACAUCCUACCUAGAAUAACUACGAAGCCCUCAAAAUGUCUCUAUCAACCCUCCCCUCAGAAACCCUCGCCCUGAUCCUCGAGUUCCUCGCAGACUCAGACCUGGCAACCCUCCUCCUCGCCCAGCGCGUCAGCAAGCACUUCCAAGCUGUCAUCCAACACAUCCUCACCCACCACUCCGCGCAGAAACAGUACCCCGAAACUCCCGCCCCCAUCCUCGAGGCUAUGAACCCGCUUCUCCGCCACUCCUUCGCUAGUAUCAUGGACACGGCGAAGCUGGCGCUGAGCCCGGGCCAGCAUAGGUUGUUUACGGGGCCGUUUUAUAAAAUGCCGUGGGUUAGGGGGGAGGAGGGCAGGGAGAGGGAUGAGGAUGGGGAUGGGAUGGGUAGGUUUGCGAAGGCGCUGCCGAGGUGUAGGUAUAUGUGGGGAAGCCCACACCUUAGACCCGAGGCGAGUUGGAGGGGCAUUAGUGUUAUGUGGGGUAUGGAUCCGGGGAUUAGGAGGGUUGAGGUGGUGAGGUUGGUGACGAUGUAUGGGGGCAUGGGGUUGGGGUGUGAGGAGCUUGAGAUUCCGACGGGUGAUGGGGAGGGAGUUCUUACGAUGGGGUUGCUUUACGAUACUAUUAUGGCGACGGAUGGGCCGGUGAAUACUCUUGCGACUAGGGGUUGGGUGCUAUUGCCGGGGCGUCGGCUGGGGAGUUAUGAUGACUGGUUAAAGCUACGGGCGCAGAGUCGGUAUCCGAGUAAUGAGGAUAUUAUGGAAUUGUUUGUGCAGGAUGAGGGGAGCGCCGUGCUGUUUGUCAAGAAGUUUCAGGAUUGUAUGGGAGAUCAUAUGGUGCGUAGGCGAAAUGUGGAAGAUGACGAGAAUUUACUUUGGGAGCCGGAGGCGAUCGGGGGGUUACCGAUCGUGUUGCGCCCGUGGCGGGGCCCGGUUGCUGGGGGUAAGAGGUGUAAUAAUAGGGAGAAGGAGGUAGAGGAUGAUGAUGUUGGGGAUGGCAUAAAGGUCGCCUGGGAGGGGUAAUGAUGAUUAUGCGGUGCGGUUUAUGGCAAUUUGUUGCGACGACUAUGGGCGUUUGGGGGAGACAUCUUGCGACUGUACGAACAUUGAAGUAUGCACAUUGAAAUUACAAAUGCAAUUUCCGGAAAGGGUAGACGCUGACACAUUUAACCAAUUAAAAUGCAGGUUUUACUCAGUUGCCAAGCUCACUAGUUGACUGAUAAA